AUGGGAGGAGAAGAUGUGGCUCAUCCCAAAUGUGUUGUAAUAAAGCGCAUUCUCAUAAAAUGUUAUUCCAGGUUUCCUCUAUUCCUUACCUCACAAUGUUUGGAAACAGUGGAAGAACUGUUACAUCAUCGAAGUAAGCGACCACCAACGGAAAACGCUACACAUCCGUUGGAGGUGAAGCUAGGAAUGUAUUUGGAGAGUCUUGGCAAUUUUCGAUCAUCUGAAAUGUCAUUUGAUGCUGAUAUUUACGUAUAUAUGUCAUGGAAGGAUGUCCGAUUAGUGCACAAUUUCUCCGAUUAUAUACUGAUUAAUGACGAUAAUAUGCGGAAUCAAAUGUGGUACGCUCAGUUGUGUUACUCUUGCAAUAUUCGGUCAAGUUGUGUUUUCUGCUGUGGUGCUUCUGCUGUUCCCUGUUGA